GCGAAAGUUACAUAUCCUCUCUGCCUAGGUACCUAUCGUCACUUGUUGAUCUACUCAAGGUUUCCAUCAAUCAUCACUUGCCAGGCAACAUAAUUCCCACCAUUUCGAAUAAUACCUACCAAGCCAAAGAGACCCGUAUCUCCGAGGCUUCCAUCAUUGUAUCAAUAUAAGGUCUCGAUAUAUCUUCCUCCAUCCGCAAUCGUCAGGGAUCUACGACAUAUUUUCGCGAGAUCAAGCAUCAUAUCCCCACAAUCUACGAGCUCAACAGAAUCCAACCCUAGACGAAACUCCUCGAUAUCCUAGCCAUGAAUAUUCUGGAAUGGGCCUUCGGUAAGCGUAUAACGCCCGCCGAGCGUUUGCGCAAGAACCAGCGCAUGAUCGACAAGGCAAUCCGAGAGUUAGACCAAGUACGAGUUAAGCUGGAAAAACAAGAGAAGACCCUUGUGGGCCAGAUCAAACAGAGUGCGCAAAAGGGGCAGAUGGGAGCAGCCAAAAUCCAAGCAAAGGAUCUCGUACGCACGAGAAGGUAUAUCGAGAAGUUCUACGGAAUGAGGAGUCAGUUGCAGAAAAUAUCUUUACGACUACAGACCCAUCGAACAAACGAGCAAAUGAUGCAGUCCAUGAAAGGAGCUACGGUGGCUCUUGGUAGCAUGAACCGAUCUAUGAACCUACCCGCGUUACAACGUAUCGCUAUGGAAUUCGAGCGAGAGACUGCCAUCAUGGAUGAGAGGCAGGAAAUGAUGGACGAUGCGAUUGACGACGCCAUGGACGUAGGCAUAGAAGAGGAGGGCGACGAGGUCGUAGAACAAGUCUUGGAGGAAAUUGGUGUUGAUCUUAACCAAGCCUUUGGAGAGACUCCAACAGGCCUUCAGGGCGAAAAAGUUGCCGAUGGCCGGAUCGCCCAAGCCAUUGGUGGCCCCAGUGGCAGCAGCGGUGGUGGCGGAGAUCCUGGUGAUGAUGACCUUCAAGCCCGCCUUGACAGUCUAAGGAAGUAGUCGUAGGCUGAGUGGGAUGUUGCUUGCCGUGAUAGAGGUUCAGUUGAGAUUUGGCGACUACAAAUGGUUCACUGACAUUAAACUAGCUGCGAAGGUCAAUAUGUGUAGUUCUGAGCAUGGAGCAUGGGAACUCGGGGCAUUGAUUCAUUUUAUUAUCCUAUUCCGUACGAGACAAGACUAAUUGCAAACACAAAUCAUUCGAGU